CGCCCCGGGGAAGGAGGCCGACCCAAGCACUGCCCGGCAGAGCUCGCACAGCGGAGGAGCGCCCCGGACAUGGAGGAGCCUUGAGGGAGCCUCUGCGGGACGCGCUCAGAGAAUGGCGCAGGCUGGGGAAGCUGGUGCCUGCAUGGCAUGCAGACAAGGCAGUCAUGACAGUCUCAUAUACCCUGAAAGUAGCCAAUGCUCGCUUUGGGGGUUUCUCCAAGCUGCUUUUCCGUUGGAAAGGGAGCAUCUAUAAACUGCUUUACAAGGAGUUCCUUGUCUUCGUCUUGCUGUAUGCAACCCUGAGUGUCACCUACAGGCACUUUCUGAAUGAGAAACAGAAGCAUCUCUUCUCAAAAGUGGCCCAGUACUGCAACCGCUCCACUGAUCUAAUUCCCCUGUCUUUUGUCCUAGGUUUCUAUGUAACACUGAUUGUGAACCGCUGGUGGGCUCAAUACACCAGCAUUCCACUGCCGGACCAGCUGAUGUGCGUCAUCUCUAGCAAUGUUCAUGGCAAGGAUGACAAAGGCCGCAUUUUGCGGCGCACGCUCAUCCGCUAUGCAAACCUGUCAUCUGUACUCAUCCUGCGCUCAGUCAGCACCAGGGUGCUUAAGAGGUUCCCUACAAUGGAUCACCUAGUAGAUGCUGGUUUCAUGACACAAGAUGAGCGCAAGAAGUUUGAGAGCCUCCAUUCAGACUUCAACAAAUACUGGAUCCCUUGUGUGUGGUUCACCAAUCUGGCAGCCCAGGCACGACGGGAUGGGCGGAUCCGGGAUGAUGUGGCACUCCGCCUGCUCAUGGAUGAGCUGAAUCUCUACCGCUCCAAAUGCAGCAUGCUUUUUCACUAUGACUGGAUCAGCAUCCCACUGGUGUACACGCAGGUAGUCACCAUUGCUGUCUACUCUUUUUUUGCCUUUUGUGUGGUUGGGCGCCAGUUCCUACAGCCUCUGGACUCAGAUAAAGAUGGAGAUCUAGAUAUGUAUGUUCCCUUACCCACCCUCCUGCAGUUCUUCUUUUAUGCUGGCUGGCUGAAGGUGGCAGAACAGAUAAUCAAUCCAUUUGGAGAGGAUGACGACGACUUUGAAACCAACAAACUGAUAGACAGGAACCUCCAGGUAUCACUGCUUUCAGUGGAUGACAUGUACCAAAAUUUACCCCCAACUGGCAAGGAUAAAUACUGGAAUGAAUCCACAGUGCAACCCCCCUACACAAUGGCCACAGCAGCAGAGACCUUGAAACCCUCCUUCAUGGGAUCCACCUUUGACAUGCGGAUGAGUGAUGACCCAGAACUGAACCAGCAGAAAGAUGCAUCACCCAACAUGACUAGGAUCCAGACACCCCUGCUCAACCGCUUCCUUACUGCAGCAGCUUCCCCUGCAGUCAGCCUCAAGAAUUUUGGGAAGGGCAGCCGAAUUCACCAUCAACUACUGCGUGCAAGGGCAGAAGGCACCUUCCCCUCCUCCAGCCCUAGCUUCUACCGUAAGGAAGACCCAGAAUCAGUAGGUCGUAUUGAGGAAGAGGAAACAGAGGAUGAGGAGACUAGGCUUAGUGUAACCCCAACCUCUGACUCCCUUCUUGGAGUCUCCUACAAACCUGAAAACACAGGGAUAUGUAGAAAGGAACUACCCCAUAUUACAGUGAUGAAAGCCUCUGAUGACAGUAUUAGCAUCACUGACCAGCCCUCAAACUAGACCUACAACAGCAAGGCUUGCUGGGUCAGAGGGUGUCUAUGUCACAGGGAGGCAGUUUCUUAUGAACUCAAACAAGAUACGAGCAACUACUUCACACAUAUUUACAUGACAUAUUUUUGAAUCUGUAACCAUUUUUGAAUCUGUAAUAAUUCUUGCAAACUUGUAAAGCCAUAAAGAUGCAAAUGUCAAUAUUGAUCCUACAUGAUCAGGAAUCUCAAAGUAACUUCAGCAAAUGAUUUGCACCAUAUGAGUAAUUUCGCAACCAUGUUGACAGAUCUGAACAUGGAUUCCUAAGAAUUCAAAUUAGUCUACAUAUCCUGUGGAUGUUUCAAGGAUAC